GGCGUCUGUCCGCUCGCUCACUCGCUCGUUCGGGCCGGUGAAGCAAGGCGUACGUACCUCUCUCGGCCGGGCUUGCUGACGACGGGCUGGGAGCAGCGACAAACCAGUCAGUCACAGCCUGCGUACACUGUCCGUGUGUGUGUGUGUGUGGCGGCGUGUGUGUGUGUGUGCGCGUACAGUCACAGGACGACAGGGGCUGGGAGCGACGACGAUACCUCGAUACCCUCAAUCACAGCCCAGCGCUUUCCUUCGCUCCUCGUGCGUUUUUAGAGCCACGAACGGAUUCACAUCAGCAUCAUUAUUAUUAUCAUCAUCCAUACUAUUAUUACGCUUCAGACGCCUCUACCAUUCGCUGGAGGAAUUUAGCCGGAGGAUAAAAGUGGAUCGUGUUUUUGUGAUUUCGCACACUGUUGCUGGAAGAAAAGGAUUCUUUCACCUUGCUGAGGGGUAGUUGAAACACCUCAAGGGGAGCCGUAUCUGAUUUCUGAUCUGGAUAUUUUAUCUUGUGAUACAUUCUUGGAUUUACAUCAUCGUCUUCGUCAUCGUCGUUCUUUUCGACAACUUAAUUGUCGAAUACGAUCUUAAAAAUAUCGUAUACAUUACAAAAACUUCUUCAAAGACGACGAUGUAAAUUUAUAGGAAAAUCCGAAGCAGGCGAGAUAGGGAGAGGAAAAGACAGAAGUACAGGGGUCUCCAGACAUCCAUCAACACAUUCAAGUAUAUCUAUCACUGCUAAAAGACAACUUGCAAAAAGAGGAUAUACCCCAAAGCAAAGACAGACGCCAAGUCAAGACAGACGGCAAGUCUGUCUGGCUGAACGCAAUGACCACCACCAACGCCAUCAGCAUCAACAGCAACAGCAUCAACAGCAUCAGCAACAGCAGCAGCAGCAGCAGCAGUGGGCAUGAGCGAUGAGAAAAGCGAAGGCAGCAUGAGCUACCUCUUCUACGUGGGGAUCAUCAUCCCCACCAUUAUCACCAUCGUCCUGUUCGGGGUCUUCAUCUACUGCUGGUUCCUCCAGCGGGCCCGUAAGGAGGUGCUCACCAAGAAGUAUGACCCUCACGGAAAGAUGCGUCGCCUGGGCAUGUCGCUCGAACCGCCGCCACCGCCCGCCUACUGCCGCAUCGACGACUGCAGCAGCGGCAGUUCUUCGCUGGGCGUGGGCGGGGGCGGCGGAAUCUUGUCGCUGGGCGGCGCGGACAACGAGGCGUACGACGUGAGCAGGAGCCCCAGCACGGAGCAGGAGGCUAGGGGCCGGCCGCUGUACCACACGUACCACGACAGCGGCAUAUCCGCGGGGCUAGCGGCGUGCGGCGGUUUGUCGCCCAGUCAAGAGGGCGAGCCCAGGCCGGGCGGUUUUGCCUACAGGAGCUGCCCUGACUCCGGUAUCUCAGGCUUCAGCGUCUCCCACACGUGCCGGGGAUGUGGACAAGCCGCGGCUGUAGGACAGCUGCCCUCACCACAGCAACAGCAACAACAACAGCUACAACAUCUUCACCUCGGCAACGAAAUACAGCUGCACUACGAGGAGCAGCCGCAAGACAUGUACCAUCUUCAAGAACAACAACAGCAGCAACAGCAGCUGCAUUACGACCCCAACCAUUUUCAACAACUUUCGCCACAACAACAAUAUCACCCGCAACAUCAGCACCAGCAGCAGGAACAUUUACCACAGGUGAUGCUGCACCAGAACCUGAUGCCGGCCAGCGUUCACCCAACGCACGGCGUGUGCUACGGUGACAACAUGACGCACCCCCAGAGCCCCCAGCACUACAACCCGCCGCCAGUACACCCCGCCAGCCUAAAUCUACCGCUGCCGCCGCCCCGCGCGGGCUACGACGACAGACUCAAUUCUUUCCACCAGGACUCUUCUCCACCGCCCGGCGCGUCCUCAGCGGUGGCAAGUAGUAGUAGUACUAUGCAAAUACGGCGUGAUCUUUCCGCCGCGCCGCGGCGACAAAGCCCAGAACGCGCAGCGCCGGCGGGGUCGGUGCAUCACGUCAUGCAUCCAAACGACAUUCAGCUUCAGCACGAACUCAACUCCGCCGCGCCUUCCUACAACCAAGGAGGUGGUCAUAUCCAGGAGAACGUAUCCACGUUGAGCCCGGGAAGAGACGGCAUAGCUACGACGUACCAUUUCCCCAACGACCACACCGCCGGCGGUGGUCUCCCCAUACCCUCUACGUCAGCCACACAUAACUUCCACUCACAGAACGCACCGCCACCUCCGCCGCCACCGCUGCAAGACCGCCACUACGGCCACGACCCCGCGGCGAUGUCGCACCCACAAACGCCCUCGUCGCCGUCGAAGAUGGCCACACAUUCCUACAGAGACAGCGGCGUCUCCGACGUCGGCCGCUCCGCGCAGCCUGGUAGCGCGUCCACCUCCGCCGCGGCGAACGACCGCCCGGACUCGCAGGCGUCGCAGUCCUCCACAACAGACUCGGAAGACUCUGGUUUCCGCAGCUCUCACUGCGCGGCGCACCACAACAGCCAGCUCAGCAAACACGGCAACCCUCUGCUCAAACCGCUGAGGCGUACGCGCAACCACAACGGCAACGGCGGCAAUAGCAACAACGCCAGGAGCGGCGGCAAAUCCACGCACCGCGCGGCGAGAUCCAACAAGAGCGGCGGGAGCGGCGGUGGUAAUGGUAGUGGUAGUGGUGGUAACAACUCCAGUAACUCGGACGACUCCUCGUCGUCGGCUCACGGUGCUCGGCCGCUCAUCACACUCAACCCUCAGAAUCUCCCGCACGCCAUGUUGGAUGGACCGGACGUGAUCGCCACCACGACCUCCCUCCUCCACAACAACAACAACCCAGACUUUGUAACUACGCACAGCAGAAACCCCACCUCUCGGGGCUCGAACCAAAACCCUGGCGCGAUGAUGGACCACCCCGACAGUGCUCCCAGAACAUCCCCAGGCAGCUCUCGGGCUGGAUUAGUAUUAACCUCCAACAACUCCAAAUCAUCCCCUGUACAUAGCAGUAACAUGAACAAUACCAACAACGCCACCACCACCAACAACAGCAACAACCACCACCAGCACUCCCCACACCGGGACAACUGGCCACCCUCCCAGUCGCUGAACGACCAGGAGACCAUGGUCAAACAAAGCAUCGACAUGGCGGACAUCAGCACUCACUUGAGCUGGAAGUACCUCCAAGACAUCUCCGUCUCCUCUUCCUCAUCCUCCUCCGCGCCGACAAAGUCGAGUCCCGGGGGAGGGGGUGGGGGAGGGGGGCCUAUGAUGGCUCUGCAGUCCUGCCAUCAAGGUCUGGCACCUGGGGCCAACGGUGACCAGCCCGGCAUGGAAGUGUUCGGCUUCUCUGUCGUAUGAUCGAAGUCCACCUCUUGUGAUUCAUCUGAUGUUUGUUACAGCGUGUGCGUGCGUGUGUGUGUGUGAACGCGAACUGCUGGGAAAUUUUCGCAAAAACAAAACCAGACUACGAACACGGAGGAAUUAUUGUGUAUAAAACAAACACUGCGAUUCUAUGUGUCUUUGCUGUGAAUAUCCUGAGAGUGAGAAGCACUUUGUGGAUUUUGUAACUUUGUCAGAAACAAAGUUUGCCUUUCAUGAUUCAUCCAAAGCGUGUGUUUCUGUGCAUGUGUUUAUUACGAAAUAAUAUUAUGCAUAGAAUACGUGAUCCAUGUUGGCUUCUGUGAAUCUCCAAUAACGGAAAAGUCCAGCGGACUUUCAAAACCAGUCUCGCUGGCAGUUUAUUCAUAGAUAAGUAAUUUAUAAUAUCUUCAGAAACUACAACUGACACUAUGUGCUUGCCUUUGGACUUCUUCCUCAUGGAAGUAGAACAGCAUUUUAGACUACAGGCUGCUGUCGAUGCCAAAGACCGCCUUGUAGUUCAAUAUCUUUACUUUGCUCUCUCUCUCUCUCUUUCUCUCCAACUCUCUCUCUCUCUCUCUCUUU